UCAAAACCUACUUUGAGUGGAGGCUUCCUGCAAAGAGCGAACGCUCCUGGUCGUUCUCUUCGCCUCGAUAUAAUUUUUCCUUGCACCCAUCUUUUUUUUCGUAUUUUUGGAAUAAUUAGGGCUCAAGGCAAGUCGUUGACAGUAAUGACUCAAAUUCGGAUUUGUUUUCUAUAUUUGUUGAAUAUUUUUGGAGUCCAAUGAGUUGAAGUAGUUGUUGUACGAAACACUUCAACAGAUUACACUGAAGUUUCAGAGCCUGGUUUGUACUUCCGGUUCACUGGGGCUUAACGUCCAUGUACCCUCGCCACAGUGACAGUUGCAGUUGUUUCGUGUUCCCUUCUAACCAAACGAGCACCUCCAAAACAUUCUCAUCGGUGUCCCGCAGAUGAUACUGAAGAAGACCUUCACCCUGAAAAACGCGAUCCACUCCACUUUAAACAGGAGGAGGAGUCGAUAAUGUUGUACAUCAAACAGGAGGCAGAGCCAGACACUCCCUACAUUAAAGAACAGGAAGAUGAAAUGAAGUUUCCUAUGACCGUUGGUGUGAAAAGUGAGGCAGAUGAAGGUCCAAGCAAAGAGAGCGGUGCAGCGGUUCAGCACCUGACAACAAAAGGAGAGGGACAAUCGCAACCAGACGGCCUAUUAGCUCCCCUCUCGGACAGUGACGACGUAACAUCACACUCCUCUGACUUAAACACUGAUGAGCAGGAUGAUGACUUUGAACAAAAUGCUUCGAAAUCCUUAAAGAGGUCAUCAUUGAAAACAGACUCAAAAGAAUGUGCGGGUGGGAAACCAUUUGGCUGCACGCUUUGCAACAAAAGAUUUUCUCAGAAGUCUCAUUUAAUAACACAUGAGCGUACACACACUGGAGAAAAGCCUUUUGUCUGCACAUGUUGUGGUAAAAGAUUCGCCCAAAAGGGAAUUUUGAACCAUCACACAAGCACACACAGUGGAGAGAAGCCUUUUUGCUGCUCACUUUGUGGCAAAAGAUUCACCCAGAAGGCACAUUUAAACAAUCACACAAGAAGCCACACUGGAGAGAAGCCUUUUGUCUGCACACUUUGUAACAAAAGAUUUUCUCAGAAGUCUCAUUUAAUAACACAUAAGCGUACACACACUGGAGAAAAGCCUUUUGUUUGCAGAUGUUGUGGUCAAAGAUUUGCCGAGAAGGGAAAUUUGAACAAACACACAAGCACACACAGUGGGGAGAAGCCUUUUGGCUGCUCACUUUGUGGUAAAACAUUUACUCGGAAGGGAGAUUUAGUAUCGCACACAAGAAGCCACACUGGGGAAAAACCUUUUCUCUGCACACUUUGCGACAAAAGAUUUUCUCAGAAGUCUAAUUUCAUAAUACAUAAGCGUACACACACUGGAGAAAAGCCUUUUGCCUGCUCAGUUUGUCAUAAAAGAUUCUGUCAGAAGGGAUCUUUAAACAGACACAAAAGAACACACUUGUGACUGCCCUGGCUGUUUAAUUGUUGUUUUUAUUUGAGACAUCUCCAGUCAGCUGAUCCUCGCCUCCACCAUCUGGUUGCCUCCCCUCCCACUAUGACGUAAGCUGAUCGAGACCGGACCGGUGAACGACGUUGUCGCCGCUGAUUGGCCACGAAGGAAGGGCGCCAAGUUCAAAAAGCAGCCGCUGUCAAUGAACAGGGAGGUUUCACUUGACAGCUUCGUGCCGCUAUCUCUUCGCCAGCUGUUUUUGCUCGCCACAUAUCCACAUUUGCCUUCAAUCCUGCAUUUGUUACACUACUGCUUUUCAAUGAGGUCUUUUGUGUUUUGCCAUAAUUUGGUCGUUUUUGUUCACCACUGUACAUAAGAGCACCGAAGCAGUAGGGUAAGCUGCCAUUUAUGUUUAACCAGUUUUCUCCUGUUUUGUUUUUUUGUAGAAAGACACGGCAAUGGCUGCCUUUUUGUUGUUCCUUUCUUGUGAUCAGGGUUUAGUCAGCAGGUGGGGUUUAAUGCUGCAUUCCAGAAAAGUGGGAAGUCGGAUUUUUCCGACCUCCGACGAGGAAAAUAUCAUUGGAACGCAACUCGAACUGGGAAGUCCGAGUCGCGAAGUCGGAGAAAAAAUAUCUACCCUGACUUUCAAGUUGUUUCAAUCUGACGUCACUGGACAAAAUGGCGAUGCCCGUGGAAACACAACAGACCGUGAACGGUAAAACAUAAUUUACACGUUUAUAAAAAUAUAAUAUUGCGAUUGCAAGAUAAAAAGAACUCUUCUCUGACUUAAAGUGCAGUGUGUGUUAUUGUGUGUCUGUCAAUGAACACGUAUUUUAUGCCGGGGCUAGACACUCCGCGGUAGGAUGGCUACUGGUAGUCAGACAACUUUUAUCAGUUAAAUAAAGAGAUGACCCACACACAUUGAUGACACAAUAAUGAAGUUAAAUAAUAAAAUGUUCUCACAGUGAGUUAGCUUAAUGAAUUUUCAAAUUUUUAAAUUGACUUUCAGCGAGGAUGUAACUAAAGAGGGCAGUUUACAGUGUGUGCUAUUUACAUCAGCCGCCGUUUUUCCUCCACUAUUUGAUUGCUUGCGAGAAGGCAGGUUUGCUGUAGGUCAAGAUGCCUUUUGAUAAACAUAAUAAAAAAACUUUUCGCGAUCAGCCAUCUUUGUGGUUUACAUUCGCUUGGAACGCUUUGAGGUCUGAACUGGUAUGAUCCGAGUGGGAUAAAUCCGACUUCCCACUUCUCUGGAAUGCAGCAUCAGAGUAGAUUUGUUUUGUUUGUUGUUUUAGCCUGGGCUUACCCUGAAGGCAAGCUUCCUCCUAAUUUUGUAUACGUUGUAUUUUGGCUUAUGUAAAUAAAUUGAUUUGUGUCCACUU